CCUGUUUGACCGACAUUCCUGACAGUCCGUGAAGGCAGCACUCAUCCCUCUGCAUGGUAUCAUGGCGCAGAGGAGGCCGAACAGAUCCGCGACAACAAACUUUCACUCCAGCUCCAUUUGUGUGACUUUAACACAUAAUACUCGUUAAAUCUUUACCAUCCACAGAAGACAAACACUGAUGUAAAAAGCAUUCUGAGCACACGCCCCUGGAUACUGAGACACCCACAGAGAGAGGAGACAUGGAGAAGCCAGUCCUUCAGACCCAACCGUCCACCCUGCCCUUCUUCGACACGGCCCACGCCUUCAACCUUCUGCGGGGGAUCCACGAGCUCCGAGCCGAACGCAAGUUUUUCGAUGUGACUUUGUGCGCCGAGGGCCGCGAGUUCCACUGUCACCGCACAGUGUUAGCCGCCGCCAGCACCUACUUCAGAGCCAUGUUUGCAGGCACUCUGAAGGAGAGCGUGAUGGACCGCGUGGUCCUCCACGAGGUGUCUGCAGAGCUUUUGGGUCUGCUUGUGGACUUCUGCUACACAGGACGGGUCACCGUCACUCAGGAUAACGUGGACGUCCUGCUGAAGACGGCCGAUCUCUUUCAGUUUCCCUCCGUCAAAGAGGCGUGCUGCGCUUUUCUGGAGCAGCGGCUGGACGUUUCAAACUGCCUAGAGAUCCAGGACUUUGCCGAGGCCUACGCUUGCAGAGAACUAGCCACCAGCGCUCGCCGCUUUGUCUUGAAAAACAUAAUGGAGCUGGCUAAAGGAACAGACUUCGAGCGCUUGUCAUGGAAGCGCCUCCUUGAGUUCGUGUCAGAGGACGAGCUCAGCGUGGACAAAGAGGAGACGGUUUAUCAGAUUGCCGUGCGCUGGGUGAAAGCAGACCUCAAGAGGAGGCUGCACUACUGGCCCGAGCUCCUCCAGCAGGUGCGCCUCCCCUUCGUCAGGAGGUUCUUCCUGUUGGCUCACGUGGAGAGCGACCCGCUCGUGUACCUGUCACCCACCUGCCUCCGCAUGGUGAACGAGGCUCGCAGCUUCCAGUCCUGCGAGUACGACCGGCACGACAGGCCCUGCCACCGAAUGAGACCUCGGCCGUCCACGGGACUGGCCGAGAUCCUGGUGGUGGUCGGAGGCUGUGAUCAGGACUGUGAUGAGCUGGUUACUGUGGACUGUUACAACCCUCAGACCGGGCAGUGGCGUUACCUGGCUGAGUUCCCUGACCACCUGGGAGGAGGCUACAGUAUAGCUGCUCUGGGAAACGAUAUGUAUGUCUCAGGUGGUUCAGAUGGUUCCCGCCUCUAUGACGGCGUGUGGCGUUACAAGUCCAGCGUGAACGAGUGGACCGAGGUGUCUCCCAUGCUUAAGGCGCGCGAGUACCACAGCACCUGUGUGCUCAAAGGUCAGCUGUACGUUGUGGCGAUAGACAGCACCGAGCGAUACGACCACGCCCUGGACUGCUGGGAGGCCUUACCGCCCAUGCUGCACCCCAUGGACAACUGCUCCACCACCACCUGCAGCGGGCGCCUCUACGCCAUCGGCUCCCUGACCGGAGAGGACACGAUGGCCAUUCAGUGCUACGAUGCAGACAGUAACCGCUGGUCCAGGGUGAGCUGUGGGCAACUGCCGCCUUGGUCCUUCACACCCAAAACUGUGACACUCAAGAGCCUCAUCUACUUUAUCAGAGAUGACUCCGCUGAGGUGGACGUGUAUAAUCCUCAGAAGAAUGAGUGGGACAAAAUUAGUCCCAUGACCCAGGUCCACGUUGGAGGCAGCGUCGCGGUCCUCGGGGGUAAACUCUUUGUCUCCGGCGGUUACGACAACACAUUCGAGUUGUCCGACGUGGUGGAAGCCUACGACCCGAACACUCGUACGUGGACUAUCGCCGGACGCCUCCCUCAGCCGACCUUCUGGCACGGCAGCGUCAGCAUCUUCCGCCAGUUCAUGCCUCAGGUGUCCAGCGCCUUUGAGCCCACGGAGAUACCCGAGUCCAACGCCAUUCACCUGCACCGGCACCAGAGACACCAAGCGCUCCAAAAUCUCAACAACAAUCUCAACCAGAACCAGAACCAGGACGUGAACCCAGCGCACUGACACUGCGGGGGUGAUUCUUCCAGUCUCAGUCCUCAUUGUAUCAUGAGUAGUUUACCUCAACGUAAUGCUGAAGUUAAUAGAAGAAGACUGAGCGUGUACAAAGUCAUCUGAGCUCCUUCUAAUCCACUUGACUGCUGAGCUGUCAUACUGAUAAUCACGCUAAAGGAAGGGUGUGUUUAAACCCUGUUUGUGUUCAGUCCAGGACGGAUCCCAAAGACCAGUAUAGGGGAGCAGAGGCCUUUAAUUGUCCUUUAAACAGGUUUCAAAGAUAACCAAACCAAACAAGCCCUCAUGAUCAAGUGAUCCUCAACAGAUCUCUUCCCUGUGAAGUGCUGGAGAGCAUUUUUAGUUGCACAAUCAGCUUAAAUACAAAGGUAGGAGUGCCCGUCUGUAUCGGUCCUUGAACUUUAUUUUCUGUGAAACAUUCAUCCCUUUCUUUUUACUCUCGGCAGGCGUUUGGCCAAUGAACCUAAAGGAUGUUUAGUGUGAGACCGGUUAGAUAAUCAGUUAUCUAUGAGGCAGCAUUCAAACGUAAUUUGUUUCUUUACAAUCAGGUCGGCAAACUCUGUAAACUGAGCAUUAAUGAUGAUCUGUUGAUGGCCUCAACAACCCCAAAAUGUCCUAUUUUAGGGCAGUCCUUGGACUCCCUGCCUCCUCCUCAAGCUAGCUUCUUUCUGCCACUGACAGAGGAACCACAUUGAAAGCAACAGUCCAGAUUUCUGCAAGCUGACUCAGUGUGGAUGUUCAUGUUUCGACCGUGAAUUGAUGACUCUACAAACACAACUUCAAAUCGCAGGCUUCAAAUUUUAAAACACAAGAAAUUUUGGUGGAUGUGAAAUUUGAAAAACGUGCUCCCCAGACUUAUUUAGCUCAUACUCUAAUUAGCUAGAGGCUACAUUAGCUACUGCUACCAACACACACUUGGAUCUCUGACUGAACUGCUAGCUAAAGAGGUUAAGUGUCCUGGUGGGUAAAGUAGACAUCAGGUUUUGUUAAAAGUAGAGCUGGGUGAUAUUGAAAAAGAUGUAAUCACGAUAACAUUUUUCACAUCAGUCGAUAUCGAUAAUUACCAUGAUAAAUGUCAAAUCAUUAUUUCAUUUAAAUUUGAAGUGAACAUUUAAGAAACCAGACAGUUUGGUAGCUUGUAUCUGGAUUUAGUUCUCUGAUGAGCUUCUUGAAUCCAUCAUUUCUGACAGUGCUAACAGGAAGCAGGUCUUAAGUGUAAGAUGAGGUUUUUGUGAAGUUUUAGUUUCUUAUUUCUCUCAGGUUGAGAUCAUUUUUUGAUUUGAAUUUACAACAAACGUCUUUAAGCCCACCUACCUCUAGCUCUGCGAAAUGAUUGGCUGUUCAAUACCGUCGUCUUAUUCUCUUUAAUGUUGGGUGGCAACUAGUGUUUAGGACACAUUAGCGCCCCCUCCCUUUCCAAUGGUUGGGGGCUGUAACUACAGGUUUGGAUAUAUCAAAUUUGCAUUGCAGAUUUGUUAUAUUUAUAUUGAGAAAAAUUAUAUCACGAUAAUUAUCGUUAUUGAUUUAUCGCCCAGCCCUAGUCAAAGGGGAUUCUUGUAGUGAAAAACAUACCUGUGGUUGAGUUGCAGCCAUUAUUUUUGUUUUUGUUUUACCUUUAUUUGAUAGGAAAUCCAAAAAGAGACAGAAAAUAUGAGAGGAGAGUAAGGGGAUGACAUGCAGAAAACCAGAAACUGCUGCAACAAGGACUGUAGGCGCCAUGUAUCAACCACUGAGCUAACCUGGCCCCCUGUUGAAUCCAUUUUGAUAGUUUCUCUUUUAUAUCCACUCUGAGUCCUUUAGUUUUCAAUCAGUAGAGUACCUUUUAAACACUUUGUAGCUCUGAGACAGAGAGACAUGUUCAAUCAUAAACAGUAAUAAUCUGUUUACAUUCCAAAAAAACGACAAUCACAUUUGAUAUCCAGCUCUAAAAACAGGUCUCUGAGUAGGAUGAGUUUAGAUUUACUCUGAGAAAUAUCAUAAAUUUUCAGUCAUCAUAAUAUUGUUUUAUAACAGCUGCAUGUGAGGUGAACUGAUGAAGAGUUAAUUUUCCCUCUCUGGUGAUACUUUGUCCUCUUCUUGUGUCACUGAGGCUAAUCAGAGUUUAAUAACCACCAGAGGAAUGUGCAUGAAUAAUUUCAUCUUAAUAAUGUAUUUACAGAUGUUUUAAUGUUUUGUACAUUUAUUUAUGGAUCUAUAUUUGUGCUGUGGUUGCUUAAGGUGUCCUGAUUGCAACACAAAUAUGUACCAUGUGUUUGUGUGUACGUGUUUGUGCGUACGUGUCACCGUUCAAAACUGGAAGUGCAAAACAAUCUCAGUUUGUCGUCAUGUAAAAAAAACCUUUUUGCUUUAUUGGUAAUAUUUUCGAGUGUUGUUAAGCAUUCUUGGUUUUCAUACAGGCUUUUGAUGCUGACUCCUUUUUGUUAAUACAGUUAAUUCUUAGCCGUGCGUACUGUCUGUAUGAUGUUUACAGUGUGAGCACCAAAAAUGAAACCGCAGGCAGGUCAAAGAGUUUAUUCUGCUGAGUCACAUGUGAUGUCGCAGAAUAGUGUGUAAAGUUAUUUUUUAUAGAUAGCAUGAGAAGCUGAUGCGUUCACUUAUAAAGCUGUAUCUUUACUUUAAACUA